CAAACCGAGUAAAAUUGGCCACAAAUGUCAGACACACCGAUUGGAUUAGCGUUUGGCUUGUGUUUCUGUAAUUUUCCGCGACAAAUUUUCGAAGCAUAAACUCUUCAAUUUCCCUUCUCAAGCGCCAAAUUACCAAUCAAAUCGACAUAUUGUUCAAGUUUCAAGCAGCAAUUGGUGAUAUUGAUUGCUCACCAUGACGGUGGUGUCGGAGAAAGGUGCCAAAUCAAGUGAUGGCGAAAAGAGUAAGGGGGAACGAAUGCGAACAUUUUUCGAUGUAACACUAGGCGGUUUGCCAGCCGGCCGAAUCGUUUUCGAACUGUAUGCGGAUAUAACUCCCAAAACGGUCGAAAACUUUCGAGCUCUUUGCACCGGUGAGAUCCAGUCAUUGGGCAAAACUACCGGCAAACGUUUGCACUACAAGGGUGUUAUCUUUCAUCGUGUGGUGAAGGAUUUUAUGAUUCAAUCGGGUGACUUUUCAGCUGGUAACGGCACGGGAGGAGAAUCCAUUUAUGGCGGUACUUUCGAAGAUGAAUCAUUCGAACUCAAGCACGACAAACCAUUCUUGUUGUCAAUGGCCAACCGUGGUAAAAAUACCAACGGUUCGCAAUUUUUUAUUUUAACGCAACCUGCUCCACAUUUGGAUAAUGUGCAUGUGGUUUUUGGCCACGUUGUAUCCGGGCAUGACGUUGUUCGUCAGCUGGAACAACUACCAGUUGAUCGCAAUUCGCGACCACUUCAAGAUGCGGUUAUUGGCAACUGUGGCGAAUUAGUUCGCCAAAUCAAAGUGAAGAAAGUUAAACGCCGAAAGAGCGAAGCAAGUGAGAGCGAAUCCAAUUCUACGUCCGAUUCUGAAGCUGAAAAAAAGAAAAAGAAGAAGAACAAAAAGAAGAAGAAGCAGAAGAAGAAAAAGAAGGAUUCCGACAGUAGCAGUGAUAGCAGCAGCGAGGAGGAGCCGGAAGAAGGUGAGAUUGAUGGCGAUGAUGACGAUACAAAGAAGCGUAAAUCACGUGUUGACCCAAAGGAGAUACCAGAAGUCACAAAUAACUUUCUUAUGAGAGCCUACAAAGACAAGGAAGAUGAGAAGGACAAAGACAAAGAUAGCGAUUCGGAGUCAAAGCAUCGUCGAAAGGAUAACAAGGCAAAUCGAACCGAAUCGAAAGGAUUCGGUUGGUCAAAACGUAAAGUACCACUAUCAAGAAGCGGACGAGUUAUCAAAGGUCGUGGUGUGUUUAGAUACAGAACACCGUCAAAGUCUCGAAGCCGAUCGCGCAGCAUCACACCACCGCAUUGGAAACAAGCACAGAAACGAGUCAUCAAAUUCACUGAUUUGGAGCGACUUCAAGAGGAAAAGCGUGUCCGCGAUGCUGAAAUUAAGCGGCGAGAAAAUGAAAGAAAGAUUAGACACGAAAAGUUGGCUCGCGAUGGAAAGAAAUCCUUCUAUGAGCUGGAACAGAGUACAUCACAGGAUGCUACAGCUGGUGAAAAAACUGCAAAUGCUGAUGCCGACGAAAAGAAAGCAGAACCACACGAGGUUGAACCGGCAGCAGCAGAGAAAGAGAAAAGUCCACCGAGAGUUGAGGAUGUUGAGGAUUCAUACACAAAAAAUGAAAAUGAUUUGAACGCUCUGGAUUAUGAAGCUGACAAAGAUGAUAAUCUUGAUGAGUCUGAAACGACGGUCACUGUACAACGAGUCCAGGUGGAGUAUAAAGACAGUGAGAAGCCAUCAAAGUCGAGGAAGCAUAGUGAAGUGGAGGAAAAAUCCAGCAAAAAGGAAUCUGACUCGAAGAAAACGGAGCGAAGGCGUCGAUCAAGAUCAAGGGAGAAGAGAUCGAAAGACAGAGAAGACAGAGAUCGUCGACACUCUUCGAGAGGUCGCAACGACAGACGAGUGCACAACAGACGAAGAGAGCAUUCACCAUACAGAGACAACAGGCGACACGAUGCUCACCGAUUUGGAAAACGGAACCGAUCACGUUCAGCAUCUCAUGAUCGAUCUCGUAAACAGCGACAUCGUAGCAGAUCAACUGAACGCCAUCGCAGACAUCGCUCCCGAUCUCGUCGUUCACGUUCCAAAUCAAGAAAACGGGAUGAAAAACGCCGAUCAAAAUCGGUCGACGACAAAGAAAAAGAAAAAGAAAAAGAAAAAGAAAAGGAAAAGGAAAAGGAAAAGGAAAAGGAAAAGGAAAAAGACAAAGAAAGACCUUCAAAAUGGGACAAAAAGCCCGUCGAUCAGCCAAUUAUUGAUUCCAAUCCGUUCCGUAGAAUCGCUGAACAAAAAUCCACAAACGAAGCGUCGGUAAGCGAUGAAAAAGAGCGCCUCGCGAAAGAGAAGAUGCUGAAGCGGGCCGAAGCUUUGCAACUAUUGAGAGGUCACAUGCAAAAAGAAAUAGAAGAGCAAGCAAGAAGACAGGCUGAAAAAGAACGGCUCAGAGAGGAAGACGAUCGGAAGAAAGAGCGUGCUGAAACUGCACUGGAAAUUGCACGUUUGGAGCAAAUUAAAAAAGAAACAUUGGAAAAACUUAAGGUGCAAGAGCAUCAGCAAAUGUCUGCUGUGAAAAAAGUGCUUGAAGUCAUAACGAAAAAAUCCAAACGGCGUGGCUCAAGCAGCAGCAGCUCGAGCAGCUCAAGCAGCUCUUCAUCCAGCAAUUCUGAUUCCCGUAAAAACAAGAACAAACGUCGCCGACGCAAGAGCUCAUCAUCCGACAGCUCAUCCGAUUGAAAUAGUUUGUCAAACAUCAAAUAAUAUAUAGUUUGAUAUGAGUAUUAAGCCACAUAUGAGUGUCAUCCAUGUGUAUUAGUUUGCAAAACUAACAUUUAUUCAGAAGAAAAAUGUAUUUUGCAUUCCUUUCCCAGGAUUUUUGAAACAAUGACGAUAUAAUAAAUACAGUACCGCUGUAA